AUGGAAAAUAAACACAAUCAUAAAGACUCUGAACACCAUCUAAACACAUUGCCUGGUCAUGGUGUAUUCUUUCCAGUUCAAGCAUGGCAAAGAUCGUUGGCAAAAAUAUCUGGAUUGAUUGCAUAUUCUCAUGAAAAUGAUGAUAAUCAAUUUACAACAGAUGAACUUAAUUAUAAGUUUGUGAAUUUGGUUAACUCAGACGAUCCAAAAUCUGCCUGUAAUCCAAUUAAAGUUGAAGAGUUUAAAUGUUUAAAUUCAAAUAAUUAUAAAUUGAAUCCAGAGUUUGCUUCUACUAAGUGUGUUAAAUGGUAUAAUGAAUGGAUGCAAUGUAAAUGGGAUGAGGAAAAAUUGAAUUAUGGAUACAACUAUAUUGAGCCCAGAACUCCAAGGAAGAGGAAAGCAUAUAUCGCAGCUCCAAAUUACCAAUAUUCUUGA